UCUUCCUGGUUGCCAGGAAGAGUCAUUGAUUUGGUGUCUAAUGUUAACUUCCUGGAUACUGCAAGCUUUUGGGGAGUUGUGAUGAAACAACUGUUAGGAAACUGGACACGGUCAGUGCAUAUCGCUCUUACACUCGUGACAUUACCGUUCAACGUCCGUGCGAGUGGAUUCUGUAAGUCCUUCAACACCGGAAUAUCAAGUGUGUGUACAUUAAGUUCUGCCUCCAUGCCGUCUGCUGCGCAUAUCAAGGCCCGAUGCACAGUGUACCCCGGCUCAGACAAACAGCGCUUCCCUGUUCCAGAUGAUAAAGUGAACUGGGCGACUGUCUGGCCAGAUUACAGUCCUGUAAACUACACCGCACCAACUGUGCUGCAGAAACCUGCCUGGGCUGAUCCAGACAUUGGUUCUUUCUGUCCCCGGUUUAACGCACUUGACGGGUCUGUGGAUAGGCAGAGCCAUGAGGGAGAUUACAGCAUACAGGAUGGUCAUCCACUUAACCCAAGAGGAAGAACUGGUCUGAAUGGACGGGGCCUUCUUGGCAGGUGGGGUCCUAACCAUGCUGCAGAUCCCAUAGUCACCAGGUGGAAGCGGGACUCUGAAGGCAAGCGCGUGUCUCAUGAUGUCACUAAACGUCCUGUAUUGCAGUUUGUGUCUAUCAAGAGAAAGGACUGUGGAGAAUGGGCCAUCCCCGGGGGUAUGGUGGACCCAGGAGAGUUGGUGUCUCUGACUCUGCAGCGAGAAUUCACAGAGGAAGCAUUGAACUCCCUUCAGGCUUCUCCACAAGAGCUCAAAGAGCUCCACGAGCGGAUCUCAAAGCUCUUCAGCUCAUCUGGUUUUCAGGUGUAUAAAGGUUAUGUGGAUGACCCAAGAAACACAGAUAAUUCCUGGAUGGAAACCGUUGCUGUUAACUUUCACGACGAAACGGGUAACAGUGUGAGCGAGCUGCCCCUUCAAGCAGGCGACGAUGCGGGGCAGGUGAGCUGGUGCGACGUCGAUUCUGCACAGCCCCUCUAUGCCAGUCACUCACAUUUCCUCCAGACAGUAGCGGAGGAAAGACAAGCCCAUUGGUAAAAAUGGGAAAUGACAGGAAGUGCCUGUGAAGAUGCAACAUUUGAACACAAUAACAGUCGUCCUUCUAGCUUGUGAUGUUAGUCAUAAAUAACUAAAGGACUAAAAUGGCACAGGAGUUGCAGCUUGUGGCCUGGUUUUUAUUGGAGUUGUGUUCUUAUGUAGACCAUACAGUCUGAAAAUUGAUUGGUUUAGAGCCAGAAUUCUGUUCUCUAAUGAUCAUCAUUAGUACAAUGGACUCUGACAGCACUUUCAGUCCGAGUUUAUUUUAAUUUAUACUCGCUGUGGAAGAAAAGCCAAAACACAACCUAGUAACCCCUUGCAUGAACACGGAAGGUCAUGUCGUCUAGGAUUUAUUCUAAACUGUAUGUUUGCACCUUUUAAUAAAGCCUUUUCAGAGGAGGGCAAAUGAAGGUAAAGAUUGAAUGUAAUAAAACUGUAACUACAAAUAACCAAUGAAUUGUGACACUGAUAUAACAAAUACAUCUCCUAGUCUCUCUAUUGCUUAAAA